AUCAGAGCUCAAACUACUUUCAGUUCUGAGGAAGUGAAACUCAGACAGUCAUUGUCACUGAGAGGUGAAAUGGCGCAGAAAGGAGUUCAGCUGGACAGAGAAACCUUCUCUUGUUCCAUCUGUCUGGAUCUACUGAAGGAUCCGGUGACUACUUCCUGUGGACACAGCUACUGCAUGAACUGUAUUAAAACUCACUGGGAUGGAGAGGACAAGAAGAAAGUCCACAGCUGCCCUCAGUGCAGGCAGACCUUCACACCGAGGCCUGUCCUGCUGAAAAACACCAUGUUAGCAGUUUUAGUGGAGGAACUGAAGAAGACUGGACUCCAAGCUGCUCCUGCUGAUCACUGCUAUGCUGGACCUGAAGAUGUGGCCUGUGAUGUCUGCACUGGGAGAAAACUGAAAGCUCUCAAGUCCUGUCUCAUCUGUUUGGCUUCUUACUGUGAGCAGCACCUUCAGCCUCAUUAUGAAUCUCCUGCCUUUGAAAAACACAAGCUGGUGGACCCCUCCAACAAGCUCCAGGAGAACAUCUGCUGUCUUCAUGAUAAGGUGAUGAAGAUGUUCUGCCGUACUGAUCAGCAGUGUAUCUGUUAUCUCUGCUCUGUGGAUGAACAUAAAGGCCACAACACAGUCUCAGCUGCAGCAGAGAGGACUGAGAGGCAGAGAGAGCUGGAGGUGAGUCGACAAAACAUCCAGCAGAGAAUCCAGGACAGAGAGAAAGAUGUGAAGCUGCUUCAACAGGAGGUGGAGGCUAUCAAUCGCUCUGCUGAUAAAGCAGUGGAGGACAGUGAGAAGAUCUUCACUGAGCUGAUCCGUCUGAUGAAGAAAAGACGCUCUGAUGUGAAGCAGCAGGUCAGAUCCCAGCAGGAAACUGAAGUGAGUGGAGUCAAAGAGCUUGAGGAGAAGCUGGAGCAGGAGAUCACUGAGCUGAAGAGGAAAGACGCUGAGCUGAUGAAGCUCUCACACACAGAGGAUCACACCCAGUUUCUACACAACUACUCCUCACUGUCACCACUCAGUGAAUCUACAGACUCAUCCAGCAUCAAUAUCCGUCCUCUGAGGUACUUUGAGGAUGUGACAGCGGCUGUGUCAGAGCUCAGAGAUAAACUACAGGACGUUCUGAGAGAGAAAUGGACAAACAUCUCACAGACAGUGACUGAUGUGGAUGUUUUACUGUCAAAUUCACAACCAGAGCCCAAGACCAGAGCUGGAUUCUUAAAAUAUUCAUGUGAAAUCACACUGGAUCCAAACACAGCAAACAAAGAACUGUUAUUAUCUGAGGGGAACAGAAAAGCAACAGCAAUGGGAAAACAACAAUCUUAUUCAAGUCACCCAGACAGAUUCACUGAAUGGUGGCAGGUCCUGAGUAGAGAGAGUCUGACUGGACGUUGUUACUGGGAGGUGGAAUGGAGAGGGGAGGCAAUUUAUGUAGCAGUCACAUACAAGAAUAUCAGCAGAGCAGGAAACUGUAAUAAAUGUGCACUUGGCCACAAUGACAAAUCUUGGGCUUUAUAUCCUGACAACAAUAGCUAUAUGUUUUGGCACAACAACAUCCGCACUCCUGUCUCAGGUCCUCAGUCCUCCAGAGUAGGAGUGUACCUGGAUCACAGUGCAGGUAUUCUGUCCUUCUACAGCGUCUCUGAAACCAUGACUCUCCUCCACAGAGUCCAGACCACAUUCACUCAGCCUCUCUAUGCUGGACUUUGGCUUUUCCUCCCUGUUGGAAGCACUGCUGAGUUCUGUCAACUCAAAUAAACAGAAGUCAUUUAAGUGACAGUGGGUUAAUUAGGAAUCUGUAAAUGUCCGUUUUUGCUAUACCUGCUUAUGAUCACCUUUUAAGGCACUUCAUAUAACCUGAUACCCCAUGUGUGCAUAUCAAAAUGUGCAGAAUAAUCACAGCUAUUAGAUAAAUGAAAAAUCAUUUGUACUGGACAUUGCUACAAGAAAAUAUU